AUGAAUGCAGGCAAUGCAAGUACCCCACAGUUUUUCAUUCUCUUGGGUUUCUCUGACCAUCCCUGGUUGGAAAUGCCACUCUUCACAAUAGUUCUUGCUGCUUACAUCUGCACACUAGCGGGAAACAUCUUGAUUAUUGUGAUAUCCAGGGUAGAUCCUCAACUUGACAGCCCUAUGUACUUCUUCCUUUCCAACCUCUCCUUCCUGGACCUUUGUUUUACUACAACCACCACCCCUCAACUGCUGCUGAACCUCUGGGGCCCAGAUAAGUCUAUCACUUAUGGAGGCUGUGUGACCCAGUUUUAUAUGUUUCACUUCCUGGGAGCCACUGAAUACAUCCUCUUAGCUGUGAUGUCCUUGGAUCGUUAUGUGGCCAUCUGCAAGCCUUUGAGGUACCCAGUUAUCAUGCAACAGCAACUCUGUAUCUUCCUAGUGGUCAUGGCAUGGCUAAGUGGUUUGGCUAACUCCUUGCUUCAGUCAUCCCUCACCAUCCAGCUGCCACUCUGUGGCAACAACAAGGUAGAUGACUUCCUGUGUGAGGUCCCAGUGAUGAUCAAGAUGUCAUGUGCUGACACCACAUUCAAUGUAGCUAUGCUUUCUACCGUGGGCACUUUCUAUUCUCUGGUUCCCUUGUCACUUAUUCUUGUCUCCUACGGGUUCAUUGUAGCUACAGUGCUCAGAAUUCGGUCCUCAGAGGGAAAGAAGAAGGCCUUUAACACAUGUAGUUCUCAUGUUAUUGUUGUAUCUCUCUUCUAUGGACCAGUAAUUAGCAUGUAUGUGCAACCUUCUUCUACUAACUCCCAGGAUAAGAACAAACUAAUGUCGCUUUUCUACAGUUUGGUAACUCCUAUGCUUAAUCCUUUUAUUUAUACUUUAAGGAACAAAGACAUGAAAAGGGCAAUGACAAGCCUUCUUGUCUUAUUGUACCAUCAAAGAAGAGAAUAA